AUGUCCGCUCAAGUUCUGGGAUUUUUACGAAAUUGGGCUCCCUUCCCCCUGGCGGCUCCGCGGGACCCGGCCGCCUCAGGGAAUGACGCGGGUGCCCCCACAGCCCUGGCUCUGGGCGGAGAGGGCGAGCCCCACAACCGGUCCUGCGACGCCCGCCUGGACAGCACCGAUAAGGAGCUGAAGGCAGAAGCCGGCGCCACGGGCAGCGCCCCGACAGCACGGGGGACUCCCAGGCAGCGGGAGCCGCGGGUCGAGGUUAUGGAUCCAGCGGGCUCCCCCCAGCGCCUGCUCCCAAGGCCCUGUCGUGUGCUGGUGCUGCUGAACCCUCGGAGCGGCAAGGGCAAGGGCCUGCAUCUCUUCAAGAGCCACGUGCAGCCCCUUCUGGCCGAGGCCGAAAUCUCCUUCACGCUGAUGCUCACUGAGCGGCGCAACCACGCGCGGGAGCUGGUGCGGUCUGAAGAGCUGAGCCGCUGGGACGCGCUGGUGGUCAUGUCUGGAGAUGGGCUCAUGUUUGAGGUGGUGAACGGACUCAUGGAGCGGCCUGACUGGGAUACUGCGAUCCAGAAGCCUCUGUGUAGCCUCCCAGCUGGCUCUGGCAACGCGCUGGCAGCAUCCUUGAACCAUUAUGCUGGUUAUGAGCAAGUUACUAAUGAAGACCUCCUGACCAACUGCACACUGCUACUGUGCCGCCGGCUUUUGUCACCCAUGAACCUGCUAUCACUGCAAACGGCCUCUGGGAUGCGCCUCUUCUCUGUGCUCAGCCUGGCCUGGGGCUUCAUUGCUGACGUGGACCUGGAGAGUGAGAAGUACCGGCGCCUGGGGGAGAUACGCUUCACUCUGGGCACUGUCCUGCGCCUGGCAGCUCUGCGCACCUACCGGGGCCGGCUGGCCUACCUUCCGGUGGGGAGAGCCGUCUCCAAGACACCCACCUCCCCUGCUGUGUUCCCGCAGGGCCCUGUGGAUGUGCACUUAGCACCCCUGGAGGAGCCAGUGCCCUCUCACUGGACAGUAGUGCCUGAACGGGACUUUGUGCUGGUGCUGGUGCUGCUGCACUCGCACCUGGGCAGUGAGAUGUUUGCAGCACCCAUGGGCCGCUAUGGGGCUGGUGUCAUGCACCUGUUCUAUGUGCGGGCAGGUGUGUCCAGGACCAUGCUGCUACGCCUCUUCCUGGCCAUGGAGAAGGGCAGGCACAUGGAGUAUGCCUGCCCCUACUUGGUGUAUGUGCCUGUGGUCGCCUUCCGCCUGGAGCCCAUGGAUGGGAGGGGUGUGUUUGCAGUGGAUGGGGAGUUGAUGAUCAGUGAAGCUGUUCAGGGCCAGGUACACCCAAACUACUUCUGGAUGGUCAGUGAUUGCACGGAGCCCCUGCCUGGCCAGGAGCCUGAGCAGAUGCUACCUCCAGAGGAGCCCCGUGACCCCUUGGGCCUUUCUGUGCCUUAGCCUGUCUACAUGGUCUACCCAGAGUCCAGGACCCUUCCUCCUUUCCUUAGGACUGGAGGGCCUGUGCACAGCUCAUGUGGGGCAGAGGGGGCUCCUCUGCAGAGGGGCAGGGGAGGUGGAGGCUU